AUGUCCGGCAACACGCGUGCCAACCUGGCGCAAGGGUCUCUGGAUUCCGGCGCCGGCGGCGCCCCUCCAGGCUCCUCAGCCCCCGGGUCGAUGUCGGAUGUGAGCACCGGCUCCGGAGUCGGCCCCGGCCCCGGGCCCGGCAGCGUGCCCUCCUCCCUCGAAUCGCUCAUGGCUGCUGAUGGGCGCUUGGAUCGGAUCAUACGCCGGUCGAAGCUGCGGGACUUCCUCAGCCCCGACGCCAAGAUCCGCAAGCGGCUCCAGGCAUUGCAAUCCUUUGUCGGCCCAAGUAGCGAAUUCGAGGCGGCCUUCUUCCGCGAUCAUGGCCCGCUGGCGUUGUCGGUGGUUUUCCGAUCGAUCGAGCGCCAACUGGAGAAGAUCCGCCUCCUCAAGGAGGUGCAGAUGUCCACCGCAGCCAUCCAGGACCUCCUGGUGGCGGUGGAGAUCCUCCGCCGGAUGUGCCAUCACCUGGGGCCCGAUCUGCGAGUGAGUCCGCAAUCCGACAAAAUCGUGUCCCUCCUGCGCUUGCUCCUGGAUCAUGGCAACCAUCAUAAAAUUCGCGUCGAGGGUGUCCAUCUCCUCCUGGAUUACAUGUCGCUCUUCCUGGUGGAUGUGCCCAUGUUGGUGGAGCUGUAUGCCGGGCUGAUCAAUUUGGCCCUCUUCUUGCCGGAGCUGGCGGCCCCGGCGCCCGGGAACAAGACCCCCGGCGCCCGACCGGUCCCCGUAUCGGGGCAUAUGCCCCUGCGUCCGCUUCCCUACAAUCCCCUGGUCCGGGCUGACCAGCUGGGCGGCUUCUCGCUGGAUCUGCACACCAUGCCCUUCCUGGUGCCACACGGUGACACCCCGUCCGCCAUCCGGCAACACAAUCUGUCCGUCCUUCGGCUCCUGCUGCAGUCGCUCGGUGCCCAUGCGGCCGCCGGGCCAUCACGCUACUCGGAGCUGGUGUACUUCUUCGGGCUGCUGAAGCGCCACUACCUGGUGCUCUUCUAUUCCGAUGCGCCCGAGCCCCUGCGCGUUCCCCAAGCAUGGCCCUGCUCCAGCCUGGCUGCCAAUGACCCGGCCCGUGUCCAGGGCAUUCCCCAUGGGCCGAUGCUCGGCGUGGUGGCCCCCGGCGAGUCGGCCGCCAUCGAGCAGCCCCCCGCCGGCGAGGGCUUCGCCGCCGCCGCCGUCCCGGCAGAUGGCCCCGCCAUGAUCCCCGCCUCGCCCAGUACCACCUUCAACUCGGCCUGCCUUGGGGGCCCAUUGUGCGCGGCCCCGUGGGCCAUCCAGCGGGUGCUGCUGGAGUUCGUCCUGCGCGGGUGGGUUGGCCCGAUGCGGCUGUCACCGGCCGAUCCGGCCCUGGGUCCCGGCGACUGGGCCAGUGUGGCCUCCUUCGAGCGUCUCUUCUCCGAGAGCCUGCGAAACCGCCUCCUGCUGUUGGACAUCCUACGCCAGUGCCUGCGCUUGGCGUCGGAUCCCGUGGUUCACCGGCUGGUGUUCGCGGUGCCCGGGUCGCCGGGAGCCGGUGGCCGGCCGGGGCCCGCCGCCGGGCACACUGCCCCGGCCCCUGCCUCGUCCGUCGAGUCGGUGGCCUCGGUGACGGUCGUGGCCACGGUCAAUGACACGGUCACCGGGUCGGAUGGGCAUUUCUCCCUGUCUACCGUGGCCGGGCCGGUGCUCUUGCGGAGCUCGGCCCCGCUGCCUUUGCAUUUGGUGUCGGGCGUGGUGCAGCUGUACCACCUGUGGAUGGUCAAGACCCCGCCGGUGUUCUUGCGGUAUGACGCCACCCCGGUGGAUGUGGUGCUGGAUCCGACUCCCGGGACCCCGGCCGGCGCCUCGCGGCGUGGCUCGGCCGGGGCCGGCCUGGCCCGUGCCUCAUCGUCCGAGCAACCGACCCCCGGCCAUGCUGCUUCCGAUGGCACGACCCUCGGCAUGUCGCACCCGGGGGAUGGCCCGGCGGCCGGCCAGGAGGAUGACGAGGAUGUCGGGUCCAGCAGCGACGAGGACCUGUCGAUUGUGGACAUCGACUCCAUCCCGGACAGCAUCAAGACCGAACCGCUCAAGGGUGGCCUGAGUCCGGAUGCCGGGGGGGCGGCCGGGGCUGCGGCCGGUCGGCCGGCCUCCCCGGCCCUCUCGUCGCUGGUGGCCGCGGCCACUGCGGCCGCCGCCGUCUCCGACAGCCGGCCUGGCGGCAUGCCGCGCUCGGCCGAUCCCGAACGCGCUGUCACCGCCGCCGUCAAUGCCUACUAUCGGACCCUGCUGCGGGACUUGACGCUGCUCUUCGACUCGCUCUCUCCCCUGGCCCCGGCCUCGGCCGGGCUGCUGCCCUCCGGGCUGCUCCAGCCCUCCAACGAGGGCCCGGCUUGGCUUAUCACCUCUGAUCAGCGGCAUUUGGAGCACCUGGAAUCCGGAUCCCCAGGCGAGGCGGUCUUCAUCCCGGUGCAUCUGCAUUCGCCCUCGGAGCCCGACCAAAAGCUCCUCUUCAACUUGUACAGUCGCGUCCUGCAGAUCAUUCGCGUCAUCAGCAUCCAGGGCGGCCCUGGGAGCCUGAGCGAGGCUUGCUUGUCUGCCGGCUUGCCCGGGUCGACCCCCCUCCAUGGGGCCGGCCAGUCGAAGCUCGAACGCCGGACUUGGUACACCAUCAUCGAGUGCCUGCUGGCCAUUGGGCCACGCAUUUUGGCCAGCCCCUCGCAGGUGAGCGCCGCGCGGAGCCAGCCGCAGCCCCCGUCGCAGGCGGCCCCGCGAUCGCCUUCCUCCCAUCCGGCAGGGCCUUUGCCCGGGGCCCCGGGGCCCCAUUCGGCGUCUGCGGCUCCGCCCCUCUCGAAGCAGGUGGACGCCACUCCGACCGGCAGCCUGAGCAGCAUUGCCAGCGCUGGCAGCGGCGCGGCCACCAGCGGCCAGGGCUCAUCCAUGGCCAGCCUCGACUCCUCGACCAUGUCCACAGGCGGGACCUUGACCGGCACCCGUUCGCGCAUCAGUCGCCUGACCAAAACCAAGAGCUUCCAGUCAAUUGCCUCGCUUGUUGAAGGGGGGUCUGCCGGGCCGGCCGGCGCAUCUGCCAUCACACAGCCCACCUCGGCCCGAAGCGAGGAGCCCGCUCGCAGCCGGUCCGCCUCGACCUCCUCGACGGCCGAACGCCUGGCGGCCCCGGCCCCGGCCCCGGCUCCCGCCCUGGAGGAGACCCUCUUCUCUCGGCCAACCACGGCCCUGCGCAUCGACCCCCCAAGGUCGGUCCUGCUGACGGACCUGUCGCUGGCGCACAACCUGGCCCGCGAGUAUUUGUUGACCCUCUUUUCGGUGCUGGUCCGGUCGCUGGUCACUUCGCGAUCGCUGUGGCGUCGAUGCUCGCGCCUGCUGGCCUCGUACCCGCGUCCGGAGUCGGUUGAGCUCUGGUCGCGGACGGUCUCUUCCAUCACGCGGCUCCUCUCCCGCGUGGUUUUCCAUGUCGACCUUCCCAGCCUGUCGGCCCCCCCCCAGCCCCCUGGCAGUGCUCGACGUCGGCCGACCGACGCCACGACCGACUCGACGUCCAUUUCGCGCAGUGCCAUCUCCCUACAGUCAUCCACCUCUUCCAGUAGCUCGAUCUCCUCGGGCAUCACAUCGCCAGCCAUGACUGCCGGAACCACCGGCUAUCUGGCCUCCACGAUUCAGGCCUCCAGGCACUCAGUGGGCGACAUCGCCACUGCUGUGUUGGUGGAGCGCUCCGCCUCGAAGGAUUUGGUUAUCUCCCCGAUGAUCACCGUCCAUGUGAAUGGGGCUCCCUUUGCCGCGCGCCCGGGGCCGCAGUACUCCGCGGCCGAGUUGCUGUCCGACCCGGCCGUGCAUGUGCCGGACUCAUCUAUCUCGCCGGAAUUGCCGGCCUACUUCGAGCUCGAGAAUGUGGACCAGGCCCUUGGCGUUCGGCUGGACGCCUACACUCAGUGUGUCGACGAGUAUCGACGCUUCGUCUACUUCAAAUGGCGCUCCGUGCUCUUCCUCCUGGGCAACGUCAGCAAGAUCACGGUGCCUCACGUCCUGUCCAAGGCCAUUGAGGCUGUGGUCCAAUUCAUGGACGAUCUGAUCAAGAUCCGUGACAUUGGCAUCAAGGCACCUCUCUCGGAUCAUCCAGUGCCCCCGAUCUAUCUCUUCACUCGCUGGCUCAUCGAAACGGCCAACCUGGACAAGAAAUUUGCCUCCGCUCGAGCCCUGGCUGUCGGCGGCCUGAUCCGGCUGAUGUGUCGGUGGAAUGACUCGGCCUCGGAACUGGAAACCCCCGUGCCGCAGACUCCGCUGGGCAUUGAGCGUCUCCCGGCCCCGGCCCAUAUCCCCCCUCCGGCGGCCCCCUUCCUGCCGGAGUUCUAUGUGCUCCUGUCGCGCGCGCUGACCGGCCAACAGGAAGCCGGACCCGGGUGGGGAGCUGGCCAGCCCCUGCCGACUGCUGGUGAGGCGCUGGCUCCGGAGUUCGACAUGAACCUCCUCUAUAGCAUCAUUCGCAAUAUGCCGCGCUUCUUCGCCACCUGUCUGCCAGGCUCUGAGCUUCUGAUUCCGGCCGUGCUGCGGGCAGUCCGGUACAUUCUUCUCGGAACCAACCAGACGCCGCCCCAAGAGGUGCAAACUUGUGCCAUUCAAGUGCUGGCCUCCAUCGUCGGCACCAUCCGCCAGUUUGAGCCGGCUCCCGGUCUCCCAGCCGAUGAGCAGAUCGUGGUCGGCCUUCUGCCAUGCGGGUUUGUCAGGCCCGAUGCCACGGGCUACACCUUCAGUCAGCUUCAGGCAAUCCUUCGCCGGCUGCUUUUGGACUUGAUGGAGCACUUUUCCAGCCUCACGCAGCUGGACCCAUCGUCUGGCGCGACGCCUGGCACGCCUUCGCCCCUGACAGCACUGCCCAGUGGCGGCCGGCAGCCCCUUUCAUCGGAGGCCCACGCGUCGUUGGUGUCCUGCUUUGGGCUCUACCUCUUCGAGGAGCUGAUGUCCCCAAGCCCGGAUUUCGAUAUGGUCCUCUCUGGGCUGGAUGUCCUGUUGAAGUACACGCGCUUCAUUGACCCGCUCAUUGGCCAGGCGUGUGUCGAUGUCAUCCUGCUGUUUGCCUAUAGCUGCCACGACUCGACCGCCACGGCCGGUCGCGACCGGCCGGCUCCCAGCACCACCGGCUCCCGCAGCCCGCCCCCCAGGCAAGCUGAGCCGAAGGACUCGCUGCAGGACUGCGGCUCGCGAACCCCCUCCCCGGAGCCGGAUGCUGGAGCCCCCUCGCCGGAGUCGCCGCGGCAGGGUGAGCGCCGAUCGCCGGCAUUGAAUGAUCGCUGGCGUGACCUGGUGUCCUACAUCGUCCCGAGCCUGGUAUCCUCCAUGAUCUACCUGUUCUCGGCGCCGCCGACAUUCGAGAUCGGCGAAACCAUCUCCCGCCUGCUGGCCUGCCUGGCCGAGCUGACGUCCAUCUUCCCGACGGAGAUUCUCUUCAGCAAUCGCAACCUCUCGGACAUGGUGCUCGCUGCGCUGGAGAGCCUCCUCAGCCCUGGCGGAGCCGGGGCCACCGCACACCGGCCCGCAAGCCCCACUGGCUCGUCCUUUUCCUCGGGGGCCGGGUCGGCCUCGGUGCCGAACUCCCCGACAUCCAUGGGCUUGAUUGGGUCCCUGGGCCGGGCGAAUGCCCGGUCCCCGGCCGAGGCCGGUCGUGGUCGCGGGUCCGCCGGCUCAGCCGCGUCCGCCACCGCCAAGCAUGCCCUGGGCCCCGGGGCUGCCAUGUCCCCGGAGAUUCUCAAAGAGGCCGCGCGCGAGCUGCUCAUCCACCUCCUACACAACUCUCUCUCCUUCCCGGGGUGGAAUGGGCCCAGCCGCAUUGACUGCAAUGUCACCGAGUCCGAUGACUUGAAGCUUCGCCCCAAGGGCUCCUCCGCCGAGUCCGCGCGCUAUGUGGUCUUCAAUCAGACGACCAUUCUCUCUUUCACAGAGCUCUCCGUGCAAAAGGAAUCGGUGGACGUCCGCCUGAUCGCUCGGAAUAUGACCGGUCGGUAUGUGUGGGAUCUGCGGCUGCUAUACACGGAGGAUCCGGCGGGCACCUUCACUCGCGAGCAGCAGAGCCGGUCGGCCCACGGCCAGCAUGUUCCCCUGACCAACGCGGCCAAGGUCUUCCUCGAGGCGAUGACCCUGCCAGUUGGCGAUGACGCUGGCCCCCCGGUUCCGGGCCUUCCCUCCGCCGAAUCGGCCGACCUCCCCGUGCCCAUUGAUACCGAGCAGUCUCCUUCGCUAUUGCAGCGCCGGCGCUCGGCCACGCACCGGUCUGUCGGUAGCCUGGAUGCCUCGACGCAGCUGCAACAGCUGUCCGUGUAUGUGCGCAGUCCGUCAGAAGCACCACAUCAGCACCCGGACGCAUCUGCCGCCAGUGUGGACCUGCUGGAUUCCUUGCUGAACUUCAUCGGGGAGAAUUUCCCCCCAGGCACUGAUGGCCCUGUCUGGAGCGAGGACUGGCCCCGGAGCACCGAGCCCACCAGCUUGGCCAGCACCGAAGCCGUCCGUCGAUUGAGACUCAGUUCCAGCGGCGGCUUGUAUGUCGCCGAGCCCGAGGGCUCAAGUACUCCAGGACUGGCCUCGACUGUGGCCACCCCGGUGCAGGGUGGCCCCCCGACCUCCGGCCUGUCGGCUCCGAUGGGCCCGGCUCAGGCUCCGCCCCGGUCGGCUUCCAAUUUGGACUUGCCCGUGGUGGCGAUGGUGGGCGGUCGGUCGGCCAACCCCUCGGGGGCAGCGGCCGAACCGGCCAUUCCACUUCCGACCGGACUGGGGCCUGGUCAUUCGGAUGCCUUGGCCUUGGCCGCUCUGAUGGAACAGCAUCACCUGGAUCUUCACAUUUCAUCGCUCUACUCCGAGGCCUCCAGCCUUCAGGUUGCUGAUCUUGAGCCGGUCACCCCGCCGGCGAUGGCGACAGCCGGCGGCCCGGGGCGCUUUCGCUUCCAGCCAGCGCAGGAGCCCGUGCGCGACCGAGCCAGCCCGCUGCCGAACCAGCUUUGCCGGCUCUUCUUCGCGAGUUUCGGCCUGCUGUCCUUCGAUUCGCGCCUGCCGACCUUCGAGUUGCUGAAGCGCGAUGUGCCCAAACUUGUUCGAGACAUCGGCGCACUGGACCGCCAGCGUGAGCGCCAUCAUCUGAAGGCGGCCCUGGUGUAUGUGGCUCCGGGGCAGGAAACCGAGUAUGAUGUCCUGGGGAACCGGGUCGCCUCCCGGGCGUUCGAUGAGUUUGCCGCCACUCUCGGCUGGCCGGUGCAUCUGGCCUUCCAUACUGGCUACUCGGCCGGCCUGGACACCAGUGGCUACAAUGGCUGGUGGACGGCCUACUUCGCCACGGCUCGGGCGGAGCUUGUCUGGCAUGUGAGCACCUGGAUCCCGACCGAUGCGCAGGCGGAUCUACAGCGUGACCUCCACUCCGGCUCCGGGCCCGGGGCCGGUGACGGCGGUGGCGGUGGCACGGACGACGAGGAGGAGGAUCCGUCUGACCAGGCCCACAUCGUGCCGCCCAUUGACUGUCCCCCGCCCACCAGCAUGGCACAUGCCUUCUGGCCGGCGGCCGCUCCCCCGGUGCCUGGGGGGCCUCCUUCACCGCCGUCGGCUGCCGCCCUGGCGGCGGCGGCGGCGGCGGCGGCGGCUACUGCUGCUGCUACCGCCACCGCCGGUGCCUCUGCCGCCUCUAGUGCCCCUUCCGAGCCCCUGCGGCCGCCGCCGGUGCUGGUGAUCGGUGAUGGGGCUCUGAUACCGCCGGGAGCGGUGACAGGCACCCUGUCGGCCCCGCUGGCCGAUGGCCCUGGGCACUUCGUCCCGGCGCGUGAGCAACUCCGCAAGAAGCGCCACAUCGGCAAUGACGUGGUCCAGGUCUUCUGGCAUGAGCAUUACCGGCCUUACAUCCCGAACAGCGUGGUGCGGUCCUCCUUUGGGGAUGUGCAAAUCGUCAUUUGUCCCCUUCCCAAUGGGCUGCGCUCGAUUGAGGUGCACACUCGGGCCGGCGGCGUGGCCGAUGACCUCGGGCCGCUGAUCGCCACGCCGUUGGUCCACCGGGCCAUCGUGUCGGCCCGGUGCGUCGGGCCGUUGGUGCGCGCCGCUGUGCUGGAAACCACCCGCCGGACGCAGGCCGCCGGCUGGACCAACACCGCCUCGGCUGCCGACCGGCUGCCAACCCCGUAUGCCAACCGCCUGCGCCUGAUCGGCGAAAUUCGCCAGCGUUACCGGGUGACCACCCUCUCGUUUGAGCAGUUGAUGCAGGGCCUGGUCUCGCCGGCGCUCUUCUAG